GUUUGGUUCUAGACGGACGGGUAUUGGCCAGAUUUCAGUAAAAAGGGAAAAGGCGGCUACAGACAAAAACCUUAUAAUGUUACAUCAACACCUGUUUACUUGGUCUAUCUGUAUAAGCUUAAUUGCGUUAUUUUGUGACUCUGUACACACUCAGGAAUUUAAUAGUGUUCGUAUUCAAACAACGCCCGUUUACGCUAUUGCUUCAAAAGCCGAUCUUCUCAAUUCAACAACAUGUGGAAAAAAGUUGCAGAACUUCCGAGAUGCUGUUGAUCAACGGACACUGUGGAGCUUAAAACUUUUAGAUUCCAGUGGUGGAUAUAAACCAGGUUUUUUUUAUGGAAAUAAUUAUUGGCUAGGCAGUCGUAGCCAAUGUCUCGAUAUAAUGAACAGCGAUCCGCAACAAGAAAUUUUGCCAUUCGAAUUAAACUAUUUUAUUGCUCAUUUUAGACAAAAUAGUACAGUUCAAUAUCGCAUACAUCUAUUCGAAGAGAAUGUGAUAACGCUAGGACUUUGUCUACCAGCAUCAUGCUCCACACAUAAUCUAAGCUUUAUUUUGGAAAAAAUGCUACAUGAUAGAGAUAUCUUAAUAUUUGACCUUUAUUCCGCUGAUCUCAAUCUGAUUCAAGUUAAAAAUUUAAAGUACGAUGACAAGUUGCUAUCCGGUAGCGCGUUAUUUUUUAUCUGUAUAGGUUUAGGAUUUUGUUUUAUGACAAUAAUCGGAACAAUGUAUGACAUAUUCGUUUAUCAAAAAAGUGUAGAGAAAAAUGAGAUGAAUCAAAUUAAUAGGAAUAUCAAAGAUGUGUCCAAAAAAGAAAUAAAACUAAAUUCGUCUACGCAUUGGAAAAGUAUAAUUGGAACAGUAUUAAUAUGUUUCUCCGCUUAUACAAAUACACGAGAAAUGUUCGAUACAAAAUUAAAUACUGGCACAAUAGCGGUUCUUGAGGGCUUAAAAGUUUUAAAUAUGUGUAUUAUAAUUGCAUUUCACUGUAUAUAUUUUGGAAUAAAUUCUUUCGAGAAUAAAGUAUGGGUGUGGAAAAAUAUGGGAAAUUUUUAUAAUUUACUUGAUCCAAUGAUUGGAUUCGUAUCAGUCGAUAUUUAUUUCUUUUCAAGUGGGUUUUUGGUGGCUCAUUGGUAUUUGAGAGAUAAAGUAAACAAAAUUCCGAUUAAGCCAAUUCGAUAUCGAGAAAAAUUACAUGAAUUUUUUAUUAAUAUAGUAAAAAGAUUUCUACGGUUGACACCAGUUUACAUAAUGAUAUUGGGAAUAUUGCAAUUAAGCUCAGUUUGGUUUGACAAAACAUCGCAAUUUUAUAUAUCCGAGAGGUUUCACGAAACUUGCGCAAAAUAUUGGUGGAGAAAUCUACUGUUCAUAAAUAAUUUCUUCGAUAUCGAUGCAAUGUGCAUGAAUUGGAGCUGGUAUUUAGCCGUUGAUACGCAGUGCUAUGUAAUCGUUUUGAUGAUAUUAAUUUUAUCAACUGGGUACUUCUACACCGCUGUUACAAUAUUGAGUGCACUUUUAAUAGGUUCAAUUAUUCUUACUAGCUAUAUUUCAUAUGUUUAUGAAUAUGUUCCAUCAUAUCAUGAACUAUAUAGACUCUCAAAUGUUUUAUACAUACCGCCAUGGACGAGAAUAAAUUCAUUUAUUAUUGGUGCAGUCACAAGUUAUAUUUUAAUUAAAUUAAAUAAUAAUUUAUUCUGGAAAAAGAAAACUAUAAUUCUAUGUUGGUGUGUCUUUUGUCUUGCCACAUCUUGUAAUAUUUUCGUAUUAUUUGCGAUUUACAAGCGAUACGUAUCUGGAUUAGCUAUCGCUGUUUAUGUUGGUUUACAAAAAACGCUUUGGUCUAUUGGUAUUGCAUGGAUCGUAAUAGCGUGUGUUACUAAACACGGAGGAAUCGUUAACAAAUUCCUGUCGUUCAAAGGCUGGAUUCCUUUGGGUAGACUCAUCUAUUGUGUUUAUCUUUUGAAUCCGAUCAUUAUACGAUCAAUUAGUUUAUACAAUGAAACAACAAUACAUUUAGAAUUUCUGCCGUUUGUUGUUCUAUCUGUGGGAUACAUUGUGGUUAGUUACUUUUGCGCUUACGUAUUAUCUAUAACAGUGGAAAUACCUUGUCUUCUUUUAAUGCGAACGUUUAUCCAAAACCGUUCAACUAACAUAAUAGUUAAAAAGGUACGUUAAUAUAAAUCGCGUUUUAUGCAAGGUAUUAUAGCUAUUAAAAAGACGAUAUUUCUCUAAUUUAAUAAAACUGUGAACUUUGUCACAAUUUAUACAUAAGUCUUUCAAAAAAUAAUUAUGAUCCAAAGGAAUACGCAUUUCUGGCGCUCUGAAAAGCAUGCAAGGACCUUUGAAUCACUUCUAUGUUAAUUUUGCAUUUAAUUGAGGAAGUUUUUCAGACAAUAGAUGAUAUUUGUUUCCUCAUCAUAUAAAGUUCUUACACAUCAAUCAUUAUAAACAUGUGCGUCAGAACAAUUAAUGAUUACACAUAUAAAUAAAUUUUUUUUUCGUCUUGAGCAAAAAAUGUAAUUGUUCGGUAAUAUUAUGUAAUAUGUUUUACUGCAGAGUGAUUAUUCUGCAAAAUAUUAACUUUAAUAUUAUACAAAAAAUAUAUAUUUACUAUACAUUUAA